AUGGCUGACUACGAUGCCAAAGCAGCCUCAGAGCCGCCGGCAACGGUUGCCGUCUCCGACUCGGACGAGCACUCCGCAUCGGUUGCGUCCCUCCCGGCUCCGACUGGGGCACCACAUCCGGAGCAAGCCGCCAAGAGCGUCCCAAAGACUGGUGCCGAUGCCGCCCUCGACCUCCUCAACGAAACUGGGCCGCUAGGCCGCACUCUUGAUCCAGAACUUAAUCAAAGGCUCAAGCGGCGUAUCGACACCCACAUCAUGCCGCUGAUUUGCAUCGUGUACUUCUUGCAAUAUAUCGACAAGACGGCCAUCUCCUAUGCCAGUGUCACGGGCAUACAGCAAUCGACUGGUCUCCACGGCAAUCAGUUCAACUGGGUCGCCUCCAUCUUUUUCUUUGGCCAGCUCGCCUUUGAGUUCCCCACAAUACGACUCAUCCAGAUGUUCCCCCUGGCCAAGUACACCUCUGUCAACAUCAUUCUCUGGGGUGUAGUCCUGGCCUGCCUCGCGGCUUGCAAGAACUAUGCUGGUCUCCUUGUAUGCAGAUUCCUCCUCGGGGCUUUGGAAGCGGCUAUCGUCCCCGCUUGGGUUCUCUUCACCUCGCAGUGGUACACCAAGCAGGAGCAGGCGUUCCGCGUUGGAAUCUGGUUCUCUGUCUGCGGCGCAGCCCAGAUGUUUGGCGGCUUCUUUGCGUAUGGCGUCGCAAGACACGUUGGAAAGGAUCCCAAUGCGGCCUUGAAGGGCUGGCAAGUGAUCUUCUUGUUCCUCGGCCUGCUGACUGCCCUUGUUGGCAUUGCCUUUUACUUCAUCAUGCCCGACUCGCCGGCCACCGCCCGAUUUCUUUCUCAGGAAGAAAAAGCAACACACCUCGAGCGAAUUCGAGACAAUGAACAAGGUAUUGGCUCGCAGGAAUUCAAAUGGAAACACGUCAAGGAAGCAUUGCUUGACGUCAUGACCUGGCUGUACGCCUUUUGGAUCUUUGCCGCCAACAUCCCCAACUCCAUUGCAACGAGCUUCGGAAACAUCUUGGUGCGAGGCAUGGGAUACACGAGCGAAGAGUCCCUUCUUCUCGUCACCCCACUCGGCGCCUGGGAGAUCGUGGCGCUGGUCGGCCUGACUUGGCUGGCAAUGAAGACGAGACAGCGACUAUACUGGUGCAUUGCCGGCCACAUCCCUGCCAUUAUCGGUGCCAUUCUCAUGGCAACGACCUCAAAAGUCCCCGCCUUGAUCGGAUACUACACGUCGGGAGGUAUCCCGAUCGGAUGGACGACGAUUCUGGGACUGCAGAGCACCAACGUCGCAGGUUCCACCAAGAAAGUCACCGUCGCAUGCAUUGGCACCAUCGCGUACACUAUUGGUAACAUCAUCUCACCUCAGACCUUCCAGGCCCGGGAUGCGCCGAGAUACCUCCCUGCCAAGAUAUCGAUUUGCAUCAUUUACUUCUUGGUCACUGUUGACCUGUUCUUGAUGCGUUGGGUGUUGGACAGAAGAAAUAAGAAGCGUGACGCAGAGAAGGCCGCUCUGGGAGAGGCAUACAAGGUGGAGGAAAACCACGAGUUCUGGGAUUUGACAGAUCUUGAAAACAAGGAGUUCCGGUACGAGCUGUAG